AUGGUUGGUGUUCCACGUAGCAAGGGCUGCUUGGUUUGUCGUAACAGGCGGAUUAAGUGCGAUGAAGCUCGCCCCGAGUGUGGACAAUGUCGAAAAUACGGCUGCCUCUGUCCGGGCUACAAUCGCGGCCUGAAAUUCCAAGACGAAGGACCGAACCUCCAGCGCCGUCACCGUCGCAUGUCUGACCGGAAAUCCCACAACGAUGUCGAAAAGAAAUCAUCACCAGAUUCCGAGUCGUCGCCGACCGCCAUGACAAAAGCCGAUCUGCGCACAACUAUACCCCAAGUCGCCGCGGAAGAGGCAUUUCUUUUGAUGCAAACACGUGCAAGCAGUAUUGACGAGAGCAUGUCACCGUCGCUCAUGCAGAAGUUGUUUAUGACACAGCAACCGAGACUCUUUAUGGAUUUCACAUGCGCUGCGUUUCCGACUUUGUAUUUCAACAAUCGCUUUCGAUCGGAGAUCGCAUUCCCCGAAUAUAUCAUGGAGAAUUUUCAUUCGCGAGCUUAUCAAGAUUCGGCGGUGUGUUGUCUCAGCGCUGUAUAUCUGGCUUCCUUGACAAAAGAUACCCGACUCCUUCGAUCAAGUCGCUACAUGUACGGAGAAGCAUUACGACGGAUUAAUCGCAUUAUAGAUACAGAAGAAGCUCUUUCCGAUAAUGUGCUGAGCACCGUUAUGAUGCUUAUGGUCUAUGAACUGUAUGCGCGCACAACUCCAGAUGCCUGGGUCAAACAUGCCCGCGGCGUCAAAGAGAUGAUGUUGAAGCGUGGGGUGAAGAAACAUAUGUCCGGCUUUGGUCGGUCUUGUUACUAUGCCUUUCGAGGCUUUCUGGUUGCUCAUGCACUCCAUGAGGGCAUCCCUUGUUUCUUGGAUGCAGAAGAGUGGCAAGAUUUCGCCGCUCAAGUGCAACAAGAAGACGCAGAGAAACCUGGAGAAUGGUCGGUUUUUGUGCAUAUCUCCGAGAUGAUUUUCAUGGAACUGGUCCAAUGUCCUCGGUACGUCUACGAUGUACGGCAACUAUCACCCGCAACUCCGCGAAGCGAAGUCAUCAAUCUCGUUGGACGGAUUCGCGCCACAUGUGCCAACCUUCGAAGCCUCAGUAACGAGCUACAGGGUUCUAUUAUGUAUCAUUUCCAGAGAAAACAAGGCAUAGAGGUCAAUACAGAAGGCUUCGUAGGGCCGACACCAUCCCUGUUUCCCGACACCAACCCGACUCUUCUCCUUCAGGGGGCUGUUCAUUGCAUUAACACACUGGAGAAGAUCCUGGGCACUAUCAGAAUCGAUAACCUCCCCAUCCAACAGGCAGUUCAAGAAUCGCGGGAGCCUCAUCCACGAUCAACGCUUCAAUCGCAAUCACAAUCACAGUCACAGUCGCCACCGCGAUUACCCUCCUCCCCGCCGUCCGCUACAUACUCUCACGACGUAGCAAGAACAGAAUAUCUCUCCCCAACACCCUCGGCCGACUCAACCUGCGAAACCAUCUCCACCGACAAUUCUAGUCCCCGUUUAGCAGACAACGCUACAUGUACCUUCACUCUACCCUUCCGCCUAGUAUCCGAAAUCAGUCGUGGCCCAGUACAUCAUGACAAACCCGGAGGCCAUCGUUCAGUCGUCUGGUUGGAUCAUAUUGCAUGCUCAAUGGGUAUGAUCCGAGCAGAUGUUGAAGAGGAAAAACCUGAAGCUGAAGAAUACAAGACACAUCUAGAAACUAUUGUCGAGUCUGUCGAGAUAGUGGAAGAUGGGUAA